UCAAAACAACAACAACAAAAUGUAAACAAAGUCUUCGCGAGAACAUUUUAUUUUCUGAGAUGAAGGCACUAAUUCAAAGGGUAACAUCAGCAAAAGUAACAGUCGGAGAUGAGCUCAUCAGCAGUAUUGGCCGUGGUUUUUGUGUUCUAAUCGGUCUCUCGCAUGACGAUACCAUCAAAGACGUGGAGUAUAUAGCCAAAAAGCUGCUUAGCAUUCGAUUAUUCGAUGACGGUAACGGUAAGCGAUGGCAACGGAACGUUAAGGAAGAGAAUCUUGAGCUGCUCUGUGUGAGCCAAUUCACCCUUUACAAUCGCUUGAAGGGCAACAAACCGGAUUUUCACUUAGCUAUGCAAGGACCGGAUGCAUCCAAUUUGUACAAUACGUUGUUGAAGAAGCUGGGCGAGCAAUAUUCCGAAGAGAAAAUUAAAGACGGAGUAUUCGGUGCGAUGAUGCAAGUGCAUAUUCAAAAUGAUGGUCCGGUAACAAUUGAAAUAGAAUCACCACGUAGUGCGAAAAGCGUAUCCGAAGAGGUGGUGGCGAAUGUUUCAUAAAUAAAUUGCGCUGAUUGUGGAACGUUCUCUCGUUUUCCUUU